UUCUUCCUCCUCCUCCUUAGCUCCGCCUCACACCGACACAACCGACACAGACCCGCUAUCCCUCCACACACACGGGCACGGACACACACACUGACGGACACACGCACGGAGCGGGACUGAGCGGAGCUGCGCCCCCGGACAGGAGCACUGAUGACCGUUGGACGAUGGGACGUGUCAAGUUCCUGAACAAGCUGUGUUAACCGAAGGAAACCGAAGCGUCUCUGGCAGCGGCAGCAGGACGAGUUGUGUAGAGUCAGAGCUCACAGGUUGCUGAAGGACACGGGUCGUCAUGCAGACUAUAAAGUGUGUGGUUGUGGGUGACGGCGCUGUGGGGAAGACCUGCCUCCUCAUCUCCUACACCACCGGAGCUUUCCCCAAAGAGUACAUCCCCACUGUGUUCGACAACUACAGCAGCCAGGUGACGGUGGACGGCCGGAUCAUCAGCCUGAACCUGUGGGACACGGCGGGUCAGGAGGAGUACGACCGGCUGAGGACGCUGUCCUACCCACAGACCAACGUCUUCGUCAUCUGCUUCUCCAUCUCAAGCCCCGCCUCCUACGAGAACGUCAAACACAAGUGGCACCCAGAGGUGUUCCACCACUGCCCCGGCGUUCCCAUCCUCCUGGUCGGCACGAAGAGCGACCUCCGGAGCGACGCCGAGAUUCAGAGGAAGCUGAAGGAGCAGAACCAGACGCCCGUCACCCACCAGCAGGGUACCGCUCUGGCCCGCCAGAUCCAGGCCGUGCGCUACCUGGAGUGCUCGGCCCUCAACCAGGACGGCAUCAAGGACGUGUUCACCGAAGCCGUGAGGGCGUUCCUCAACCCCCAGCCCACCGUCAGCAAGAAGCUCUGUGUCCUGCUGUAGAGACUGGUCCAAGGAUUCACGCUAAAGAUGUGUUUUUUUAAAGUUUGGUUAGAGUUUUAUCUUGUGAUUAAAAAAAGGGAAGGUUUGAAUGGAGGAGGAGCUGAAAACAUGUCAACUGUCCACCUUAGUCCGUAACAGGAUGAACAUCAUGACUGAGGAUCUGGCGUCAGAUCAGGGAUUAAAGUUAAUAUUCCCAACUGAAAAUCUGCACGAAAGUUAAAUUCGAACUAGAAACACCCUCACUUGGCUUCCCUUCAACUUUAAUUCUGCUUCAGAUUUUCCAAAGAUUCCUGCAGAUUAAAGCGAUUUUAUGUUGCUUUUCAAACACACUGAACCAGAUCAUUCCAUCUAAAAUCAUCACGUUUUUAGCAGAUAUUCAUUUCAGUUGGCCUGAAUUCUUUACAGAACUAAAAUAUAUAUAUAUAUUAUUAAUGACAUAUGUGAAAUACUUUCUGAGAUCUAGUUUAUUUCUUUUCUAAUUUACAGUCAACCCACUUUUAGCAGUCAUUUUUAAAAAUAUGAGGCUGUUUGAAGAAGAAUGUCUCAGGAACUAUUAAAGAUAAAAGCUUGAAUAUUUAAUGUAGUUUCUCAUCACGCCAAUGACUGGAAAUCUGCAAUAUAUAAAUACUCAAAUAGAUCAAAUAAGAUCAAAAUAAAUGACUAAAUAUGUCGCUGCAUGUUACAAUAAUACAAAACUAAAUAUAUCGAAUGGCUUUAAUUGAAAUGCUGGAUCUCAAAAAUUAAAAAUAAAGUUAUUGUCAUUAAAUUGAUUAAAUACAGGUAGACAGUCUGAGUUCUGGAGUUUUUCCAAAUAUAACUAAGAAAAUCAAUAACAUUAAUAGAAAUUACACAGAAAAUGUCAGGCUUUUAUAUUUAAUAGCUUCUGAGAUAUUCUAAUUCAACUUUAAACGUGAAAAAACAUGCUGAAAGUGGGCUGAUGGUUAAUUUAAUGCCGUCACACAGAGAAGAAAGUUCCUGAGAAUCCUUCUGUUUUUACCUUUCCUUCAGUUUCUCGCUGAUCCACUGAUAUUUGUUUGUACAUCCAGAAACACUGCAAAAGGAGCUGCUCAUCGUCAAUUCUGCUGCUUUGAGUGUGACUAAAAGCAAACAGAAACAGACUAAAAAAACGUGCCUCACAUUGUGCCUCACACUGAAAAAAACUCCGGAUCUUUACGACUGUAGAACAAAUUACAUUCGUGCAAGUAUUUCGAUUGAUUUGGAAGAAGGAUCUGAACUGUUUUCAAAUGAAUCUGAGGGUCGGACAGGGACCAGAUCUAUUAUUUUAAACAAAUAGAGAUUAUUAUUGAUACUGAGAAUUGUGCUUCACUGCACAGAGAGUUUAUAUGUUAGAGGUGUGGCAGCUUUUAGAGAUCAGAUGCUGCAAAUGAAACCCUUUAAAAUGCACUGAAGGUAGGAAGAGAAUUAAAACUUUGAACACUUUCAAGUCUUUCUCAGUGAAGAAAUCAGAGAAUCAGAUGUAGAGAAGAAGCUUAGACACACUUUUUAGAACUCUUAGAUUUUAGAACAGCGUUCAAAAUGCAGUCCCUCCAGGAAUUUGCACUGUUACGAUCGCAAUAAAAAAUUCACGCAGUUUCAACAAAUCUCCAUGAAUUCUGAGCGACCUUGCAAUUUUGUCCAAUCGCUGCAACUUCUCAGCAAUUUUGGCCGACCCCUCCUUGAGUUCCACCAAUCGUAGAAGUCCCCAGCACCCCAAAUUUCAUCGCAACAAAUACGCUGAAAACAUCACAAUUUUUUUUAGACAAGCUGCCACGAAUUCAGGCAGUUUAGGCCGCAACAAUCUCGAAAAAAAAGUCUGUGAAAUCCUGGAGGGACUGAAAAUGAGAGUUUUGAGGAAAAAAAAUGAAUUCUAAGUUUAAAAUCAGGAUUUUGGGUUUAAAAGUCAAAGUCAAAAUUCUGAAUUUAAAUUAGAGAUUCAGAGAAAAAUAUCAGAAUUCUUGUUUUAAUUCAGAUUUCUGAUUUUAGAUUCUGACUUUAAACUGGAUUACUGAGAAAAAUGACCGAAUUCUGGUUUUAAAGUCAGAAUUCUAAAUUUUAAAUCUGAAUUCUGUGGAAAAACGGCAGGAAAUAAGAAAUUAAAAUGACAAUUCUGAGAAAAAAGAAUUCUGAGUUUAAAUUCAGACUUUGUGGAAAAAGGGGAAAGUAACUCUUAAUUUACAACUGGAAUUCAGACAAAUAAGAAUUCUUAUUUUAAAAGUAGAAUUCUAAGCUUAAAUAUAACUUGGAGUAAAAAAAUCAGAAUUUUAUGUUUUUUAAUUGUAUUUCUUUAUAAUUUAAUUUCAUCAAUAUUUAACUAAUAAAAAGUCCGUUUUAAAAAAAUAAGGGAAAUGCCAUGCUUAGUGAGUGGGAAAUCAAAGGAGACGAUGAAGAAGAAAAAGCUCUAAAGAUGAAGUUUGAUGAAAAAAAAACACAAAGAUAUAUGUGUGGAGUUUUGGUGAGAAAGCCUGAAUGUAAACAGAAACUUAGUGAGAAGUUGUGAAGUGAGACGAGUUCAAACAUCCAGUGACACCCAGAGAAAACAUUCAUGAUCCACAAACCAGAGGCAAAAGACCAACAACUGCAAUAAAAAACAAACAUCUGGUUCUUUGCUAGGUCCAAACUUCUGUACACAGAGAUGGCAAAAAAGGGAAGAUUCCAACUAGAACUUCAGCAGGAAACAUCUAAAAGUCUAACAACUGUGCCGUGUUGGCAGUCAACAAGAUCAAAACUGGAUCUUAUCUAGAGUAAAUUCUAGAGUAGCGUCUAGAUUUGAAGUUGACUGGGUCACGCUAAACCUUCAUGCAAGACAACUGGACUUAUAUUAAUUUACUGUUUCUGGGUGGAACGGACAUCUCUAAAAAAAAAAAAAAACGAGGGGGUGUUCGACACCAUUUAUCAGGUACUUAUAAUGCAGUCCUGAGAUUCCUCCACGGACAGUUUCACCACCAUGUGGGUCUCUGAUCUUCAACAGGAUAUUAGCCAAAUGUUUGGGGGUAAAACCUGAGACUCCCCACCAGUCGGUUAGAACUGAAGAAGUUUCUUGGAUGAAGGUGAAAUGCUUUCAAGAGCCAGAAAGUAAAGUCCAGUAGCCUGAAGCAUUUUCACAACAGGCUCCUUCACAACUCCACAGGAUUUUUGUUGUUAGCCACGAUGCUAGCACAGCUAAUCCUCCUCCGAUUGCUAAAUCUCAUGAUUGAAAAUGUUUGUUUUUGUUGCAGAUUUAAAUUACUGUAUUUUUAUUUAAAUGUGACAUUACAUUUAAAACGUGUUUCAUACAGUA